AUGUCGGCACCCAGAUUGCUCGCGCAGACUCUUCCGAGCCUGAGAAUUGCUCCGAGGCACACCAUCGCCUCCAUCGCUCCGCGCGCACGAUGCUACACUAAAGCUAGCGCCCUUGCCGCUGGUCCCCGGCGGCCUUCACAGCUAGCUGUGCGACUUGCGCCAUCCUCAAGCGCCCUCCAGAAACGGAGCUUCGCUGUGUCGUCCGCUGUUUCUCAUGGCCAUAUUGAGCCGCCGAAACCUGGUGAAGAACUUUAUGUGACCUUCAUCGACAAGGAGGGCCGCGAACAUAGGAUUGCUGUAUCCAAAGGCGACAAUCUGUUAGACAUCGCCCAAGCCAACGACCUCGAGAUGGAAGGCGCCUGCGGUGGUUCGUGUGCCUGCUCCACCUGCCAUGUUAUCGUUAUGGACCAGGAGUAUUAUGACAAGAUGCCCGAACCCGACGACGACGAGAACGACAUGCUUGAUCUGGCGUUUGGGCUUCAGGAGACGAGCCGCCUUGGUUGCCAAGUCGUCAUGACACCGGAGUUGGACGGCCUGCGAGUGAAGCUGCCAGCCAUGACGAGGAACCUGCAGUCAAGCGACUUUAAAUGA